UCUAUUUUCUUUUCCCCCUCAUCAUUUAACCACAUACAUCAGCACAACAACUCACUAAGCUAAAUCACUUCAUCUAUCUCUCCAGGUGAAAGCCUGUCAUGGCUUCGUCAUGUGCUUCCUCUGCCAUUGCAGCUGUUGCCAUCUCCACCCCAAGUUCCCAGAAGAAUGGUUCACUCUUGGGAACCACAAAAGCUUCUUUUCUUAGUGGGAGGAAACUGAAGGUGAGCAAUUUUACAGCACCAGUUGGAACACGAUCCAGCACUACAGUGUGUGCAGUUGCUGACCCUGAUAGGCCUCUGUGGUUCCCAGGCAGCACCCCUCCUCCAUGGCUAGAUGGCAGUUUGCCAGGAGAUUUUGGGUUUGAUCCUCUCGGUCUUGGAUCUGACCCUGAGAGCCUGAGAUGGAACGUUCAAGCAGAGCUUGUGCACUGCAGAUGGGCCAUGUUGGGAGCUGCUGGCAUAUUCAUCCCAGAAUUCCUGACAAAGAUUGGUAUCCUGAACACCCCUUCAUGGUACACUGCUGGAGAGUUGGAGUACUUCACAGACACCACCACACUCUUCGUAGUUGAGCUCUUUUUCAUUGGGUGGGCUGAGGGUAGAAGAUGGGCUGACAUCAUCAAGCCAGGCUGUGUCAACACUGACCCCAUCUUUCCCAACAACAAGCUCACAGGAACUGAUGUUGGGUACCCAGGUGGGCUUUGGUUUGACCCACUUGGCUGGGGAAGUGGUUCUCCUGAGAAGAUCAAGGAGUUGAGAACAAAGGAGAUCAAGAAUGGGAGGUUGGCCAUGUUGGCUGUCAUGGGGGCAUGGUUCCAGCACAUUUACACUGGCACUGGUCCUAUUGACAACCUCUUUGCUCACCUUGCAGAUCCUGGCCAUGCUACUAUUUUUGCUGCUUUCACUCCCAAGUGAGAAGGGUUGGAACAACUUUAAGAUUGCAAGCCUUGGAGAAACCCUGGAAAAACUGUUUGACUAAGUAGUAAGGCUUAAAUGUCUUUAGAAGGGAGUGUUUAUGUUGGUGAAAGCUUGUAAAAUGGCUACUUCUAUUGUCAUGCACAGAUUCAUGAUUCAAUGUACAAAUACCUAUUUAAGUUUAGAUGCACUGAAUGUAAAUUCAGGAAGUAAUCACAUUUUUUGCAUGG